CUGCGUGGAAUGGGAUGCUGUCAGAGGAAUGAUGUUACACGCAUGCGCAGUGCGUCCAGUCUAUGGGCGGACUCCCAACAAACAGGAGAAAGGUGGCGGCUGUCUGAGAGCCGGCUUUUAGGAUCAAGAUUAAAAAUAACUCCAAAAUCAAUAAAAUGGCUCAGUAUGGAGCACAGAGGAAUCCUGCAAGCUGGGUCUCUCAUAUAACAGCAGCCGUGGUGUCUCAACCUGUUAUAAGAGAUCCAGCUGUUGUUGAGAGGACAAAUCUGUUGAACAUGGCUAAGCUCAGUAUAAAAGGUCUCAUUGAAUCGGCUCUAAGCUUUGGCCGUACUCUGGAUACAGACUACCCUCCUCUACAGCAGUUCUUUGUUGUAAUGGAACAUUGCCUGAAGCACGGGCUUAAAGUGAGAAAGUCCUUUCUGAGUUUCAAUAAGUCAAUAUGGGGACCUCUGGAAAUUGUUGAGAAAUUGUGUCCCGAGGCAGAAGAGAUUGCUGCUAGUGUUAGAGACUUACCAGGACUCAGAACACCACUUGGUCGUGCGAGAGCUUGGUUGAGAUUGUCAAUGAUGCAAAAAAGGCUGGCAGAUUAUCUGCGUUGCUUAAUUUUGCGCAGGGACCUUCUGAGUGAAUAUUAUGAAAAUCAUGCAGUAAUGAUGGAGGAAGAAGGGACCGUUAUAGUCGGACUAUUGGUGGGACUAAAUGUCAUUGAUGCUAACCUCUGUGUGAAAGGAGAAGAUCUGGAUUCACAAGUUGGAGUGAUUGAUUUUUCAAUAUAUUUAAAAUCAGAAGAAGAUGACACUUCCAGAGAAGGGAGAAACGUACACAUUUCAGCAAUUUUGGACCAGAAAAACUAUGUUGAAGAACUCAAUAGACAACUGAAUGGUACUGUUAACAGUCUUCAUACAAGAAUCGACACAAUGGAGAAAUCGAACACAAAACUUAUUGAAGAGUUGGCAAUAGCAAAGAAUCACAUUAUUAAACUUCAGGAAGAAAAUCAUCAGCUAAGGAAUGAAAACGCAAUGAUUUUGAUGAGAGCUCAUCAACAACUACAGGCUACCAAGGCAAGUCUUGAAGCUGAACAGUCAUACAGACAUUCAAGACUAGCACUGGGUGAAAUUUACAAUGAAGCUUGUUCACAACAUCACGAAGAUUCCGAAAUGGGGCAUGAUGCAGAAAGUGAACUCGCACCUAUGGAAAUGCAGCAUGAAAUUGAACUUGCAAUGAACAUAUUGGAGAAGGACAUUCAUGAAAAACAAGAUACCCUCUAUGGACUGAAGGAACAACUCGAAAAUGUAAAAGCAAUAAAAAAUGAGAUGUAUCAGAAAAUGCAGCAUUCUGAAGAGGACCCAGACGACAGGGAUGUCGCUGACAGACUGGGAGAGAAAACCAAUCAAAGCACAGCCAUGAAACAUCUGGAACACAGAGAUAAGGAUUUGAUUUACAAGACAAGGAGCAUCACAAUGUCUUAUAUACAGAGUGCAGGAUCAGAAUGUGCUCCGCAAUAUAAACUUAUUAAAGAUAUAUCUUUCUAACAUUGGGUUUAGUUGGAUAUAGUUAUGUUUGCAUAAGCACAAAUAAUACAAAUAACCUGAUACUCUGUAGACAAUGAGUACAAACUUGGAAAUAUAAGUCACUAGAAUAUUUGUUAUUAUAUAUUUACACCUUUGUUAUACUGUAAUAAAAGCACAUUCGUUGUGUGUAUUAGACCUCUGUUUGCCAUGAUAUGGGUGAAAAAUGAAAUAUUUUGAGCUAAAUAUUUUAAAGUGGCAGUAAAAGUUAUUUUUCUGAGUAGACCUUUUUGCACAUUAUAUCUCCUUAAUUAAAGAAGA